AUAGGGGAUCUGAAAAUGAUUUUUCUUUUCCCUCUCCUCCUUUUCCUCACACUGCUGCCACACAUAGCAACACUGAGAGCACACACACACACACACAUGCAGAUAACGGGCUGCAAGCUUUUGCAGACACAAACACAGCUGCGAGUGUUGCCUCUCUGCCUGAUACAGAGACACACUCGCUGGACAAUGUCAACACGCACACACAUUUGGAAUCCUCUGCUUUUCGCAAUGAAGUACCUGCUUUGAAAUCUUUUGCGGCUGUGUGGAGUCUUGAAAGUGCAGAAAAUGAGUGUGUGGACAGUAACAUUUUGACUGAACCAUCUUUGGAGAAAAGGGUUGAGGAGGUGGUUCCGACUUAUGCUCACUUAAGAUCUGAAGCAUAUAGGGCUUUUCCAACUCUGGAACUGGUGGUUGAUGGACACAGAAUAUCCUUUAUGGUUGAUUCUGGAGCGACAUCAUCAGUAAUCAGAGCAGAGGAGUUUGAAAUUCCUCCUCGGCUCAGUGGGAGCCAUGUUUUCUCAUUGUCUGCCUCGGGUCAGGUGACAAAAGAGCAGUUUACAAAACCCCUCACCUGCGUAACUCCGGAGGGGAGUUCUUUCAAACACAGUUUUCUGCUAUCGUCUCUGUGCCCUGUGAAUCUGCUGGGAAGAGAUUUGAUGAUUGAGUUGGGAAUCGUGCUGAUCUCCACACCAGAAGGUGUUCUGGUGAGCACCGGAGAUCGGACAGUGGUCAGUGCUGUGAAAUACAGCCCGCAAAACUUGCUUUAUGCUUACGAGUGGAAAUUUCAGAACUCCCUGUUUAGCGGGCAGCUGAUGGAGGAAGUCAAACAGCUUGUGAAUCCUCUCUCAGAGACUAAGAGCUCCACUGAUCUGAGCUGCACAGCACACACGUCACGGGGCCCAGAUGCAGACUUUGAGGAGGCGUGGUUCAGGGUGUCAUCUGAGAAACUAACCUUUUCCACACUGUAUUGGAGUUCCCAAUACGCUGCGCUUGCGAUCAAUUUGCUACCUCAACAGCUAGCAUUUUUCAGAGAAAAUGGAAUUCCACACAUUCCAUUAACAAAGCCCGUUAAAGGGGAAUGGAGUGAAUUAACAAAUUUUGUCUCACAAUGUCAAACGAUUUGUGAUUGGACUGUGGUACCACAACAUCCUAACAUUCUGUUUUCACAGAGACUAUCUGCUUACAAAAGGCCUUUCACCGGUACUGUUCACUGUCAAAGAACAGUUCAUUUGGUUCCAGAAAAUGAAACAUUCCUUUCUCAUGGUCUGUUUCCAGAAGUUGACGUCACUUCACAUCCUCUGCUGUCCCAGGUUCCUUCUGAACUGUGGGCAAAGAAUAAAUAUGAUGUUGGUCUCAUCAAAGGGUGUGAACCAGUCAUCGUAACCCCUAAAUCAGAUUACAGACCCUGUCAGAAACAGUACCCUCUGAAACAGGAAGCAGUUGAGGGCAUCAGACCUGUUUUUGAAUCCCUUCUAAAGGAAGGGGUGAUCAUUGAAUGUCCAAAUUCACCCGUGAGCUCGCCUUUAUUCCCUGUGAAAAAGGUGAGAGACCAGGGCAAGCCAGUUGAGUGGAGAUUCAUCCUAGAUUUGCAGAGGGUGAAUUCAGCUGUAAUUGGUCGAACGCCCGUACUACCGAACCCUACCACGAUCUUGUCGCAGAUUCCUAUGGAUGCUGCGUUUUUCUCUGUCGUUGACUUGUCCAACGCUUUUUUCAGUGUGCCAGUCCAUAAGGACUCGCAGUACUGGUUUGGUUUCCAAUUCGAAGGGAAACUUUACACUUUCACGCGUUUGGUCCAAGGCUACACAGAGAGCCCGACUAUCUUCAAUGCAGCUCUGAAGGCUAGUCUGGACUCUCUGCAGCUGCGUCCAGGUACAACGCUGGUCCAGUAUGUCGACGACAUUCUUCUCUGUAGUCCCACAAAACAGCAAUGUGAGGAGGACACAGUUGCUCUUUUGAAGCACCUCCAUUCUGAGGGACACAAAGCCUCUCUAUCUAAGCUGCAGUUUGUGCAGCCUCAAGUGACCUUUUUGGGUCACCACAUCUCUUCAGAGGGCAGGACUCUAUCACCUAAGCGUGUGGCUGCAGUUCAAAACAUCCCUAAGCCUGUCACGAAGAAGCAGCUUCUGUCUUUCUUGGGAAUAACAUCUUACUGCAGAAACUUUGUUCCAAACUACUCAGUGCUGGAAGCUCCUCUGAGUGCCAUCAUGCAUGGUAAAGAUCUUCAACCUGCUGAUAAGCUUACUUGGACAUCUGAAGCCGAGUCUGCUUUUUCUCAGCUUAAAUUAGCUUUACAGCAGGCCCCUACCUUGGGUCUUCCGGACCCUAAAAAACCCUUUGUUCAGGCUGUUGAUGAGAAACAUGGAUGCAUGACCUCUGUCCUCAUGCAGGACCAUGGAGGGAAGUUGAGACCAGUAGCCUAUUAUUCUGGGAAACUGGAUCCAGUUGCGGCGGGACUGCCUGGCUGUCUUAGGGCAGUGGCUGCAGCUGAGCGGGCUGUUUUAGCAUCACGUGACAUCGUGGGCUAUUCUGAACUAACAGUGCUUGUGCCUCACAACGUUGCCAUCAUUCUUCUAGAACAAAAGACUUCACAUCUUUCUGCAGCGCGCUGGCUGAGGUACACUUCUAUCUUGCUGGACUUGCCAAACAUCACUGUGAAGAGGUGCAAUGUGUUAAAUCCAGCUACACUUCUUCCCACUCCUGAGGAUGGGGAUCCGCAUAACUGUGUGUCGGUGCUGGAGGAAGUUUGCACACCACGACCUGAUCUUUCUGAUGUUCCAGUGGAGAACCCAGAUUUGCAGUUGUUUGUUGAUGGUUCGGCUUACAGGGAUCGUAUCACUGGUGUGAAUCGGGUGGGAUUCGCUGUUUGCUCAUCGCAUGAGACCCUGUGUUCGGGUUCUCUUCCUAAACACUUUUCAGCGCAAGCAGCUGAACUGGUGGCUCUGACUGAGGCCUGCAAGUUGGCAAAGGGGAAGACGGUAAACAUCUUUACGGAUUCCCGGUACGGAUUUGGUGUGGUUCAUGACUUUGGUGCCCUAUGGAAACAUAGGAAGUUCUUGAAAUCGAAUGGAAAGCCAAUUCUGAACUCUAAGCAGGUUGCACACUUGUUAGAGGCCAUCUUGUUGCCCAAGGUCAUUUCAGUGUGCCGGUGCGCAGCUCACUCCUCGUCUGGUGACGUUAUCUCGCAGGGGAACAGGAGGGCCGAUGCAGCUGCGAAGCGUGCGGCUGGGAAAGCUCCUCUGUACACUGCCUUCUCCUCCUCUGAGGGCAAGGAGGAGGGUACACCCCCAUGUUCUUCUUCACUCACAGACUUGAGUGCGAUGCAGAGUUUUGCAUCUGCUGGUGAGAGGCGACUGUGGGCUUCUUCUGGAGCGAAGUGCAGAAAUAACAUUUGGUAUGGACCAAAUGGGUUACCAUGCUUGCCAAAACACUUCUUCCCACACUUUGCAAAGCUAACCCAUGGCUUAGACCAUUCCUCAUACAUCAGCAUGGCAGCUGCUUUAAAAUCUCAGUGGUUCACUAGAGGCUUCAGCUUUUAUGCAAAAAAGUUUUGUCAAUCAUGCAUGAUCUGCUGUUCAUUCAAUGCAGGGCGUGCCCCUCAGAGGACUCUAGGUGCACACCCUCCUCCUGGUAAGCCAUUUGACCACAUCAUGAUGGACUUCAUUGAACUGACUCCUUCUGAAGACAGUGAAGGAAGCAUUGCCUGUGGCAGCCGACAGAGCCCUCCAUUCGUUCCGUCCAGGAGACUGGGUUCUGAUUCGGGACUUCCGCCGGAAGCAUUGGAGAUCCAAACGCUGGCUGGGUCCAUUCCAGGUGCUCCUCACGACGCACACGGCAGUGAAGGUCGAACAGCGAGUUCCUUGGAUCCACGCAUCACACUGCAGGAAAGUGCCACCGCCGCGGGAGACCGACCGAUCGCAGGACAAGAAAGAUCACACACUGGCAUCAUCAUCAUCCACCUGAGCCACCGAGCUGGCUGUGAGGACUGCGGCCCACCACAAGUUUGGUUCCUAGCAAGAAGAGGUGGGUGAAGAACACUGCUCCGACGGAAUCACAAUAACAUUCCGGGCAGUGAUUUGCGUUGCUUGUCUCCAGAGACUGAUUCAACAGAGUUUGUUUUGACACGGCUGAUCUGUGGAACACAGCGGUUCCAAGAACUAGAUUUGUUUGCUCAUUGCUUAUGCUCCCUAAAUAUCAGAGAACUGACUGAUUAAAAAAAAAAAAA